AUGAUACAGGAUCGCCGAAGCAUGAAGCGUGAACUUACAGAAGAGGGGAUUAUCCGCAUUAGAUCUGUUCAUUCCAUUUUGUCUGAUGAUCUGGAUUCCAAAGUGCAAAGUGGAAAGUUGUUAACUAUCAAGCAGAGGCAAUACUGUUUGGAGAUCGCACAGGACUUCCUGGAGACUGUCAACAAUGAUCACAACUUUUCCCACAGAGUGAUGCCGGGUGAUGAAACACUGCUUCAUGUAUACGACCCGGAAACAGUUUCGGUCACUACAAUGGAAGCAUUCAUCAACCAGGAGGCCCAAAACAGCUGGACUGGUCCGCAGCGAGGCCAACUCGAUGCAGACAGUUUUCCUUGA